AUGUCGAGCUCGUUAUCGCGCCCGAAGCGCACAGGCGAAGAUUUCACCAGCGCUCACUACAAUGAGGGCGGCGAGGAUUCCACAGAGCACAAGAAACCCCGCUUCGACCUUCGCAACCCCUCGGCUCUCGCCGCUGAUGCACCCGAAGAAGAUGCCGUUCUCGACGCCGAUGAGAUUGGCCGACGUGGCCAGAGAAUAAGACGCAAGGCGGUCAACCUCGAGGGCUACGACUCGGACAGCGAUAACGAAGGGUUCUCGGCGCGCACGGAGGAAAAGUCUAAGCGCAAACAAGAAAAGCAGGAUGCGGACGACGAUGACAUGUUUGCCGAGCUGCAAGAAGAUUUUGGGGAAGAAGAAAUCGACGGCGACGAAGCUAUCCACAAGAACAAGAAGUCCGUACGCUUUCUACGAGAUGACGAGAUUGAGGGCCAGGUCGCUUCUUCAAAAAGUGGAGGAGCUCUGAACAUCGAUCUGAGCAAGGGCGCGAAUCAGAUUGUCGAAGAAGACGAGAGCGAUAGUGACGUUGGGGAAGAGGAACGCGCACGAGUGGAUGAAGACGUGGACGAGGAACUUGGCGCGGGCGGGAAAAAGAAGCACGCACCUCUCCUUGAUGCCUUCAAUAUGCAAACAGAGCAAGAAGAGGGUCGAUUUGACGACCAAGGCAACUACGUCCGCAAAGCCAUAGACCCUGACGCGGUUUACGACUCUUGGUUGGAUGGUGUUUCCAAGAAAGAUAUCAAAAAGGCCAAGGAGGCUGCCGAGCAACGUGAUGCAGAGCGCAAAGAAAAGGACCGUAUGGACGACAGUGUCUUGACAGCAGACGUCCUGAAAACAAUCAUUACGCACCUUGAACGUGGUGAAACAACACUCGAGGCACUAGCGCGACUGGGCAAAGGUCUUCGCCGAAAGCCUAAAUGGCAGAACAAGAAAAACAAGAAGAAUGCUGCCCAAGAUAUCGAGAUGGCCGAUGAGGACCCUAAUGAAGUGGCCCGCAAGACAGCAAUUGAUUCUAUUACCGGGGCCGCCGAUAUCUUGAUGGGACGUGGCCAAGUAGAUAUUUAUGACACCGAGCGUGAAAUGCUAACAAGGCAAUAUCGCAAUGAGACGGGCGAGAACUGGGUUGACCCCCCUUCUGCGGACCAAGUGACUGAGCAGGGUCCCCCGAUGUGGCAAUAUCGGUGGUCCGACGCCAGAGAUGGAGGGGAUGCCCAUGGGCCAUAUGAUAGCGCCACGAUGGUUGCAUGGAAAAAUGCAGGCUAUUUUGGCGAAGGUGUUGAGUUCCGUCGAGUUGAGGAUACAGGGCCAUGGAGUGGAACUGUCGACUUUUUGUAA